GCCACCACGCAGGGGACAGCAGCUCCUGGCAGCGAGUGACAGCCAGCCUGGAUGGCCGGGGACACGGGGAUGGCUGGGAAAGUGGCACUGCUCCUGUGGGCCCAGACCCUCGGCCUCGCUGGCGCCCAGACCACCCAGCUCCUGGUGGAGCCCCCCUGGACACCAGCAGUGCAGUGGGACCGGGUGACACUGACCUGCCAGGGCUUGGGGACCGCCAGUGCCACCACCUGGUACAAGGAUGGGCAGCAGUGGGAGCAGAACAGACGAGACCACAUCACUGCCAGCGAGAGUGGCACCUACACGUGUGACAGACCUGGCAGUGGACGCAGCCCCCCCGUGACAGUCUUAGAUGACCGGCUGGUGCUGCAGGUGCCAGCACGGCCACUGCUGGAGGGGGACACGGUGACACUGCGCUGCCGGGUCAGGCAGGUCCUGUCGGUCAGCACGGUGAGAUUUUACCAAGACGAGAAGGAUUUGGGGGGGUCCCUCAGGGGGACCGAGCUGUCCCUGUCCCCACUGCAACUGCACCACAGUGGCCGCUACCACUGCAGGGGCUCGGUGAACUUGUGGCAGUCACAGUCAGCGCCGGUGACAGUGACAGUGCACGGGGUUCCACUCUCAGGUGUGUCCCUGCUUACUCAGCCCCCUGGGGGACAGGUGGCACUGGGGGACCGCCUCGUGCUGAGCUGCGCAGUGGCCGCAGGGACAGGUCCCCUGUCCUUCACCUGGCACCGGGGGGGCUCGGGGGCACCGCUGAGCUCUGGCCCCCACUUGGAGCUCUGGAACAUUGCGGAAAAUGACAGCGGCCAGUAUCACUGCCGGGUCAGCGAUGGCAACAGCGUAGCCGAGAGUGUCCCCCUGAAUGUCACUGUCCUGGUGCCUGUGGCCAAUGCCACCAUCACCCCCGGUCCCCCAGCACACCAGGUGCACACAGGUGACCCCGUGACCCUGCGCUGCUCGGUGCAGGUGGGCUCAGCCCCUGUCACCUUCACCUGGCUGCACAACAGGCAGGAGGUGGCCCGGGGUCCCAUCCUGGAGCUUGGGAACGUCGAUGUGGGACAUUCGGGCACCUACCAGUGCGUGGCCACCAACCAGCUGGGACAGGACGGGCACCGCGUGUUCCGGGCACUCAGCCCCGAGCUGGCCCUGGAGGUAACACCACAAGGACACUGGAACACAGGUGGGGUCAUACAGGGUCAUUGGGAUUGCAGGACCCCGGAGUGA